CUAAACUAAAAAAUCGACGUCAAACAAACAUGUCAGUCACAUAAUGGCGGAGGUUGUGUUAUUUUUUGUGAAAAGAUAAUGCCUAAAUGUGUUUGAAAAAUUAACUGAGCGACAGCAUGCUCUCUCUUUAGUUUAUUAAAAUCGUAUUAAAAGACAAAAUAAACGUAAGCAUUUAGUGAUAAAAGUAAUGUUGCCAUAAGUAUGGAAGUAAUGAACAUUGCGUCGGAAGUGUUAUUGAAUUAGCUCGUAAAGUAGGAGUGCGGUGCAGGGCGGCGCCGGUUAGUUGCCACCAUGGGGGCACAGCAGGCGAAAGAACGCGGCACGGCCAGUGGUGCGUCCAUGCGGUCGGCCAGGAGCAAGCCGCGCGUGCCCAAGGACCCCCGCAUGCUCGGCUCGAACAUUUUCACAGAACAUAGCGAAGCUCUACUGCAAAGCCGGCCGCUGCCUCAUAUCCCUGACCUGCCCGACGGGGACCCCGGGCCGGGCACGCCGCAGCCGCUUGACACCGCCAACAGGUGGACAUCGAAGGAGAACCUUCUAGCGCACCACGAGGAGGACGACCCGCAGCUGUUCGUGGCGCUAUAUGACUUCCAGGCGGGCGGCGAAAAUCAGCUUAGUCUCAAGAAAGGUGAACAGGUGCGAAUAAAGAGCUACAACAAAAGCGGCGAGUGGUGCGAGGCGCACACGCUGGGCGGCGGCGUGGGCUGGGUGCCCAGCAACUACGUCACGCCUGUUAACUCGCUCGAGAAGCACUCCUGGUACCAUGGACCAAUCUCACGCAACGCCGCCGAGUACCUACUUUCUUCCGGUAUCAACGGCAGCUUCCUGGUGCGCGAAUCCGAGUCCAGUCCCGGCCAACGAAGUAUCUCGCUGCGAUACGAGGGCCGAGUCUACCACUACCGCAUUAACGAAGACUCGGACGGAAAGGUGUACGUGACAUCCGAGUCCAAGUUCGGCACGCUGGCGGAGCUGGUGCACCACCACUCGGUGGUGGGCGACGGACUCAUCACGCAGCUGCUGUACCCGGCGCCCAAGCGGAACAAGCCGACCGUGUUCCCGCUGGCGCCGCCCGACCACUGGGAGAUCGACCGCACCGACAUCGUGAUGAAGCACAAGCUGGGCGGCGGCCAGUACGGCGACGUGUACGAGGCCGCCUGGAAGCGCGGCAACAUCACCGUGGCGGUGAAGACCCUGAAAGACGACACGAUGGCGUUGAAGGACUUCCUAGAGGAGGCGGCCAUCAUGAAGGAGAUGCGGCACCCCAACCUGGUGCAGCUGCUGGGCGUGUGCACGCGCGAGCCUCCGUUCUACAUCAUCACGGAGUUCAUGUCGCGCGGCAACCUGCUGGACUACCUGCGCACCGGCAGCCGCGACUGCGUGCCCGGCGCCGUCGUGCUCAUGUACAUGGCCACGCAGAUCGCGUCCGGCAUGAGCUACCUCGAGAGCCGCUCCUUUAUACACAGGGACCUGGCGGCGCGCAAUUGCCUGGUGGGCGAGAACCACCUGGUGAAGGUGGCGGACUUCGGGCUGGCGCGGCUGAUGCGCGACGACACGUACACUGCGCACGCCGGCGCCAAGUUCCCCAUCAAGUGGACGGCGCCCGAGGGGCUCGCCUACAACACCUUCAGCACCAAGUCCGACGUGUGGGCCUUCGGCAUCCUGCUCUGGGAGAUCGCCACGUACGGCAUGUCGCCUUACCCCGGCGUCGACCUCGCCGACGUGUACCACAUGCUCGAGAAGGGCUACCGCAUGGAGUGCCCGCCCGGCUGCCCGGCCGCCGUGUACGAGCUCAUGCGCGGCUGCUGGCAGUGGAGCCCAGCCGACCGGCCCACCUUCCGCGACAUCCACCACGCGCUCGAGCACAUGUUCCAGGACAACUCCAUCACCGAGGAGGUAGAGAAGCAGCUGCAGGAGGGCGGCGCCGCGUGCCCGACCGGCACUCCGCAGAUGUCGCUAAAGAAGGCGGGCGCGGGGGGCGCGGCGGGCGCGGGCGAGGGCCGCGCCGUGCAGAUGCGGCGCCCCACUAACCGGCGCGGCAAGCAGGCUCCCACGCCGCCCAAACGCACCAGCUUGCUGUCGUCGUGCAGCUCGUUCCGCGAGUCGCAGUACGCGGCGGACGACGCGGCGCCCGAGGACCCGCCGGCGCCGCUCAACGGCGGGGGCGGAGGCGCGGGAGGGGCGCGGGGCCGCGAGGCGUCCUCCGAGGGCUCGCUGGCGGAGGGCACGCCCGACACGGACGAGUCGGGUGGCGAGCCACGGCACCGCAACAAGCGGCGCCACCACGCGCACCACGCCCAGCACGCCGCGCCGCCUGACCAGCCCCACCACAAGCAGGGGGUCCAGGUGGCGGCCCUCGAGGUUCAGAACGUAAAACGUGCCAUCAACCGCUACGGCACGCUACCGAAGGGCGCGCGCAUCGGCGCCUACCUGGAGUCCAUGCGGCAGUCAGUGGCGGGGGGCGCGGGCGCCGCCGGCGGGGGUGCGGUCGGGGCGCGGGACGAGGCGCGCUCUCUGUCGCCGCGCACUGCGCGCGCGCAGCCCCACAUGAUCCGCUCUAACUCGUCGGGCGGUGUGACGGCUCCCGCGCCGGCGUCGCCGCGCGCCCCCCGCGCCGCGCCCCCGCUGCGCUCGUUCGCGGACAGCCCCGGCAAGCCGCGGCCCCGGCUGGCCGAGCUGGAGUUCCCGCCGCCGCCCGCCGACCUGCCGCCGCCGCCCGAGGACCCGCAGCCGCCGCCGCCGCCGCCGCCGCCCGACUGCUGCCGCGACGCGGGCACCGACACCGGCGACCGCGGCCUCGACGCGCUGCCGCUGCCGCCGCCCCUCGCCCACGACCGCGACGACGAUAAACUCGCCAAGAAGAACAUGAAGGAGAUGCUCGAGCUGAAGCUCGUCGCUGAGAUUAAGGAGCGCGCGGAUAAGAAGAAACAUCGGCAAAAGGACUCGCCGCCGCCGGACGAGCUGGUCGACAUGCACACCUCGUUCGGCGACCCAGUAACACGGCUCGUGUCCGAGCUGUCAGAAAGUCUCAACAUGGACGCCUUGCGCCGGAAGCCUGAGACAGCUACAGCCGCCGCCCGGCAUCACGACGACGCCAAAGAAACUGUCUCACCGAUAGAUCUCAAAGCCAGUCUCAGGAAAACUGCAUAUAACAACAGUGUCGACCAAAAAAGUACUGAGAUAAAAAAUAGCACUGAUUUUAAGGCUCAACUCAAAAAAGUUGAGACAAAUAAGAAAAACUUGGCCACAUCCAAAGAUGUGGAGGAGUCUGGACGCGCAAUCAUUGACUUCAAAUCUCGGUUGCGGAAAGUAGAGAGUAGCACGCCGGCCACCAACGGCACCAGCAAGAAACCGGAGCGGUCGCCGGAGGAGCAGCGCGACGAGGAGCGCAAGCGCACCGAGAGCGGCUCGCUGGAGACCAGCGGCGGGGACGACGACGACAAGCGGCGCAGCACCGGCAGCAUCAGCAGUCUCAAGAAGCUGUGGGAGAGCAAGGAGACGGACGAGCGGCUCAGCCCCAAGGCGCGCUCGCGGCCCGACGAGCCUGACGCGUCGCCGGAGGAGCGAGGCGCGGGCGUGGCGCGCGCCGGCUCCGUGGCGCGGCGCCGCGACGACAAGCCCGCCGUGCCCUGCAAGCCGCCCGUCAAGGGCAAGCCCGCCAAGCAGGGCAUCUACGCCACGCCGCUGCAGCCCGCGCCCGACGACGCCGACGACGCCGACCUGCUGGCCGCGCUGCGCAACACUCUCGAUUGGUGCACUAACGAGGUGCGUCGCGGCGGCGGGCGCGGCUCGCUGUGGCGGCUGCAGACGUCGGAGCGCGUGGCGCGGCUGGGCGGCGCCGUGGCGGCGGCCGGGGACGCGCGCCGCUGCUCGCCCGCGCUGCGCCUGCAGCUGCGCGCCGCCGCCGCCCGCCUCGACGCCGAGGCGCGCGCGCUCGCCUCCCCCGCGCCCCACAACCACCACCUCGCCGACGGCGUCGAGCGCGCGCUCAAGGACCUCGCCGACAUCGUGCACAGAUAAGCGGCCGCUGCGCCCCCAUCCCGGACUGUACAGCGCGACACGCGCGUCCCCGCAUCGUCUCCAACGUCUAGAUACUAUCUCAUCGUCAGUAUAAAUGUAACUGAUCUCAAAAGGAACGCGUAGUUUUUGUAGCAACAUUAAUUACUUGGUAAGUGAACGUUACUCCUCGAUAGAAGGCGAGGCGACAGCUCGCUGCCUGCAUCGUCAGUGCCAAAUGUAUGUACACUCGUACAUUCCUCUACUCGCGAUACACACUCACUUGGUACUGUUCUGUUUAGCAUUUAAAUAGUAAUAUUGUACUACGUAGUAAGUAUACACGAUAGAAGACUCGUUCUACUCGGACCAAUAUCGAUGCUUCUGUUUGAACGUGGCAGUGCCGUCACUCAAAGACUGUCUUCAACUCGUUUGUAUUGGGCCUAUAUAUACGGUAUCAUGUACUUGCAUUGUAUACUUAGUUAGCGUCUUCAUUGGACCAUCGCUACAUUCGAUAUACCAUUCUAUAUACAUAUAAUUAUAUAUAUUACUUUAAUGUAGUGCGAACAAAUAAAUUGUCAAACAUGAAGUAUUUUAAGUUAGCGUACUGUGAUACGGCUUAUAAUGUAAUAAUAAUUAUGCUCAAUAUUUUCUUUAAUAUAAUUUGUAUUAAUCGAAGUUGUAAGGUAUUUGAUUAAACAACGGAUCGAUGGCAGUUGCAUGUUAGCGACGCCAUUACUGUAUCAUGUCUAUGCUAGUCUUUAUUAUUGUAAUAAAUGUACGUAAGUUGUCUGCAAUAGGAAUGUGUACAAUUCUUCAGCCUAUUUUAGUACCUACUCAAUGUAUCAUUAAGAGUUUUGUAUAAUACGAGAAGCUCGCCACGCCCUCUGGCCGUCCGCUGCCGCCGCGUCCGCUUCAUGGCCGCGAUGUUGUUGUUUCAUGCCAAAAACAUAGCAUUGGCAAGUGAACAUAUGAAAGCCGUUUGGUGUUAUUGGAAUAAAAUGUAGUUUGCUUUCAGUAAACUUGACCAUUUACAGUAUUUAAAGUACCCUCGCUCCAGUAGUCAUUGUCGUGGUUCUAUAAAGCACCCUGCCAGCGCGAGGCCUCAUACAAAAAGGCGAUGCGAGUGGCAGCGGCGGCGGGCGAGGUCGGGCUGACACUUAGUUAUCGUAUCGUGAAUACCCGCCAUAGUGCCCGCCCGGGGCUCGCUACUAUAUCAGCUUGUGCAGUUUGUAUCUCUGCUCUGGAUUGCACCCCCUUAAGUCCCUCCUAUGUUAAGUAAUAGAAUCCAAAGAUACAUAACAGGUGUCCAACUGUAAUGGAAAUUAAAUGAUUUCUUUAAAACAA